ACAUAAACUCUGACACACGUUUGAAUUUAUUCGAAACAAACAUAUGUCAUCAAAUCAAACAAAACCGGAAUAUCUGUUGUAAUUUUGAUAAAUUUUAGAAGAAUUAAUUGUAGAAAAUGCCGGAAAAUCUGCCAAAAAUGCCUCGCAGUGCAUCCCCUGUCGCCCGCUCUGGCGCAGGGGACAUUUCGGAACGAGAACUGUCUAGGGAGAGGUACACCCUGCAGACCACGCCGCCAGCGCGCAUGCAACCAGCACAUCCGAAGAAGCAACUGUUCUCGGUACCGGUGAACAAAUUUACGGCGAAGUCGUGCCGCCCGAGCCCAAACCUAGCCAGGAUCAGGAGCUGCUUGGAGGAGAUCAGAGGAAGAAACACCCCGCAGCCAGCCAAGAUAGGACCAAAGGCAGUUUCCCUUGAAGACCUGACGCCUACCAAGAGGAGUAAGAGGGAAAGCUGCCAGUGGUCAGGUCUCCCGCUGCACGGCGUGGCGGAAGAGCAGGCCGCAGCUAGGAUCGGCAGGUUUAUGCUGGUAGCCGCGUGGAGACGCCGCCGGGACGAGCUCCGAUGUUUGCGCAAAACCCUCGAGACGCAGGUGUCGUGCUCCGAGAGACUCCGUAUCCAGGUGUGCGCGCUCAAGUCGCUGCUGGACUCCGACAACGCGAAAGUGCGGCUCGCCAUCCGAGAGCUGGAGAGGCUGAAGCAGUUGCUGCGAGACAAAGACAUCGAGAAGGCCGUGCUCGAACGGGAGAAGCGCGCCUUGGAGGACGACGUGUGCGCUGCCGAAGACCGCGCUUCAGAAAUGAGCAUAGGUUGGCGCAACGCCCGAAACGAGUUGGAAAGUGUUCGCGCGUCGGCCGCGUGUUGCGAGCGCGCGCUGGCGCUGGAGCGGGCCGCGCUCGCCGAGGCGCGUGCGCACCGCGACCACGCCUACCACCGGAUAUCCCUGCUGGAGGAGGAGUUGUCGCAGCACGAGGCGGCGCUGUGCAGCGCGGAGCGCGAGGCGGCCGCGCUGCGCCGCGCCGCGGACGAGCGCCAGCGCGCGCUCGACGACACGCGGCAGCUGCUCAGCGCAGAGCACGAAGACCGCGAGCGCUGUUCGCGCGAAUGUUCGGAUUUGAAGGUUCGCGUGGCGAUGGGCGCGGCGGAGACGGCCACGCUGAAGGCUGUGGUGGAAGAGCUGCGCGAUGAACUGGCCCGCCUCGACGCGCAGCUCCGCGUCACCAAGGAACAACUGGAGUGGUGGCCGAGACCGCUCACCAGAAUGCUGGGCAUGGCAAGAUCAUGGCUCCGGCAUCCGAUGUCGAUGCCAGAGGCCAUCUUUUGGACAUUGAUUCCCGCCCGACAAGGCUGUUAAAUAUUCUCGUGUUUUAUUAACUUUUACCCAAACUAUUUUUGUAUUAAUCGCAUAACUGUAGUUGGCAUAAAAGCGAAUUAAGUAUCCGAUAAAUGCGCAGAAACCCCAUAGUUAAAUGUAACAUAAUAUCAUAAAAAGUAAACGCCAUUUGGUUAUGUAAACAAGACAAAGACAUAAAAAGCAAGAUUAUUCAGCGAAUAAAAUUAUUGCAAUGUUAUCGCAUACAUAUUUAUAAUAUUAUGAUACCUACUUAAAUAAAUGGAUAAAGAGGUAAUAAAUAGGUAUAUAAUAGAUGGUAGAAACACCAAAACAUUCCGAUGACGAAUGAACAGUUGCAAUAAAUGUUCAGUAGGUAUUUGGUAAGUAUUUUUUAUCAUAACUAUUUUUAACGUUUGUGUAUGUAUUGUAGUCUGUUUUGUAAGUUUUAGAGUUUUAUAAGAAGUUAUCAUAUUGGUAGAAUGUUUAGAUUUAAUAAAUUAUGUUAUACAAU